AUGGCAAUGAGUCGUCGAGAUGAUAGAGAGGAACAGCCAGCAUCAGAAAAGACAGCACCGUCAUCAAGGUCAAAUCUCCUAUCAGCAUCAAGCACACACCCCCCUGAUGAUCCAACCGAAACUACAAAACCGCAUCGAAAACGGGCAUACUCUAUUGACGUCGAAGAGGCGAACCAACCCCGAAUCCAAGAUCUUCGACUCUAUACUCCUAACACAGCAACAUCGAACGCGAGUGAUGGGCCUAGGGAGUUGAUAUGCCUCUGUACGAAGGCACCUAAAGUUCCAAGACCACGAAAUGCGUUUAUCCUUUAUCGGCAACACUACCAAGGCCAGGUCGCCGCUCGGCAUCCGGGACUUGCCAACCCGGAGAUUUCUAAGCUCAUCGGCGAGCAGUGGCGAGAACAGCCCGAAGAGAUAAAAAAUAAUUGGAAGAGGCUCGCCGAAGAAGAGAAAAUUCGCCACCAACGCCAAUACCCCGACUACAGAUACCAGCCCCGACGAGGAGGCAAGACUGCUAGUAGUAGGCCCUUGCCCGCGACCGGUGAGGAUCCAGGCCAUUGUCCAAAGUGUGGUGGCCGUUAUAUUGCGACUCCAAGAACGCCUUCUACCCCUUUCAGUGCGGCGACACCAGAUAUUGUGAGACCAACAUCAAAUAUGCCUCCUUAUGUAACACCAAAUCCUCGUGUGAUUGAGACGGACCAUCUCCGGCGUGGAUCUGCUUCCAGUGCGAUGUCACUUGACCACGACCGUAGGUAUACGCAACCGCAGUUACAUAACAUCGAAGAUGACUACUCGAUGAUGUCCCCAAUGGCAGCACCGGUGGAUCCCAAACGACGCCGGUUUAACGGGCCGAACAUCUUUGUCCCUGGAUCGCCUCCUAUGGGUUAUAUUUCGGCGGACCCCCCGGCUGGUUAUGGACCCGGUCCAUUACCUAGACCGGGUGUACAAUAUCAUCAGCCUAAUUACGCCAAUCACCCUCAUAUGCAACCUCCACCACGGCCUCCAAUGGCGUACCAGCCAGUUCAGACGUCGAGCCGCCCUAGUAAUGCAUUUGAUGAGUCGCUUCGAUUACCCCCCUUACAAACCCAGAUUCCAAACUCGCCCGCGGUGAGCUCAGAGGCAGGAUCGGCACGCGGAGCAUCAGCCGUUCAAUCUACCCAUGGCACUGGCUUGGGAAUUGUUAACGGAGGAAACGUUCCUACGAGGCAACAGCCGCAACCACAAACACAGCCACAACAGGUACCUCCGCGUUGGUCAUUCUUAUUGAAGCUCGAGAUAUUGCGGUCGAUUGGACCUCCUCUAAAACCACCAGGUCCUGGAGGACCCAUUUUUGAAACGAGAGGGCCUCUUAUUGUUGUUGAAGGUGCAGCCUCUUCCAUACUAAAGGAAGUGGCUUCUGUGGUGGAGAAGGCGUUAUCCGUCUCGGGAGAAUACGCCGUGAAGACUUGGACAGAUGAUACCCAGGCACAGUCGAGCGGAGGAGAAACAGAUGGAAAUAAAAGUAGUAAUGGAAACGAAAACAAACAAUUAGCAGAAAAGAGCACCUCGAAACGAUCGGGACUCAUGAGCCCACUAGCAACUUAUGUCGCCAGAAUGUUGAAGUGGCAUAAGACAUCCGAAGACUUGAUCAAGUACAUGACGAGUCAUCCACCGCCAAUAAGCGGGACAGAUACUGAGAUGGGAGAAGGCGAUAAAUCCGCCGAAGACAUGUCCUCGAAGCCCAAUGCUAGAUUGCCAGUUGCGGUCGUAUCAGACGGCUAUAGUCUGACUGUCUCAGACAGAUAUGCCAGCUCGUUGCAUGUCAAUGAUGCAUACCGUGCAGACGACCACUGGCAAUGGGUAGCAACGUUGUGGCGUGGGAUCAUAGGAGCAGAUCUGACUAUAUAUGUCAAGAAAGCUGUUGAGCCAGCAGAGAUCCAAGGAAAUAACUGCGUCGAAUUCAUAAACUCAGCUGUCAUGGUACUGCGCAUGGCUGAGAAUAAGGGCGUAGAUGAGAAGCUAGAGCGGCGGCUCGGCUUUGAGAUACUCGAGUGGGUGCGGAACGGUAGUUUCAGGGCUGGCUUUGCGACACGGUCAUAG